AUGGAAAUUCUUCUGAUCGUUCUUGGUGCCGUGGUGGCCGGCCUGCUGUGCCCAGUGCAGACGGCAGCAGAGGCCACCAUCACCCUGACGGGCUCAGAUAUCCCUACAUCCAUCUCGAUACACCAUGGAACGCGAACGCCUACCAGUUCGGGUGAGCUGUCCCAGUCGACGUUCUCGAGCAGCUCGACAAACUCGUCUGACAGCUUCUAUACCACUACCUCGGCCAGCUACACCUUGCUGGUCGGCAGCCACACCACCAGCACUGUGACUGCAAAUGAGACCACACUGUCUGGAAACGCUACGGCAACAGAGACGUCGAGAGAGCCCCAGCCGACGAAUACCCGGCCAUGCAACGGGUAUGCUGAGUUCUGUGCUCGCAGUUACGGCAACAUCACCCAGGUGGCUGCUCACAACAGCCCCUUUGUGCGGCCAGGCAACAUCGCCAGCAAUCAGGAGCUGGACGUCGUCACCCAGCUCAACGAUGGGAUCCGGAUGCUGCAGUUCCAAACGCACCUGGUGAAUGGAACCAUCUAUCUCUGCCACAGCUCGUGUGAUCUGCUUAACGCCGGCACCCUGGAGAGCUACCUGAAAAAGGUAGCAGACUGGCUCAGAGACAACCCUUACGACGUUGUCUCCCUGCUCAUCGGCAACGGGGACUUCGUCGGGGUGAAAAACUUCACUGCACCGAUCCAGAGCUCUGGGCUGAUAGACCAUGUCUACACACCCAAGAAUCACUCUAUAGCCCUGGACGACUGGCCUACGCUAUCUGAGGUUAUCCUGUCCGGUAAGAGGGCGAUGGUCUUCAUGGACUACGAGGCCAACCAUGGCGAAGUCCCUUACAUCCUGGACGAGUUUACGUACAUCUGGGAGACCCCAUUUUCCCCAACGGACAGAAACUUCCCGUGCGAUAUCCAACGACCACCGGGUCUAAAUGAAGCUGACGCCAGAAAACGCAUGUACAUGGCCAACCACAACCUGAAUCUCGAGAUCAGCAUUGCCGGAGCCACCAUUCUUGUGCCCAACACAGUCUUGCUGAACGAGACCAACGCAGUAUCAGGCUUUGGCAGCAUGGGAGCCAUGGCCGGUAACUGCACAGAGAAAUGGAAUCGUCCGCCAAACUUCCUCCUAGUCGACUAUUACAACAUAGGCAACGUCAACGGCUCCGUAUUCCAAGUCGCCGCCAAGCUCAACAACGUUACGUACAACGGCAAAUGCUGCGGCCGAACCACGUCUCUUGCUUCUGAAUCCGUCCUUGGUCGUUUAUCUGGCAAACUAGAGAUGAUUUACUCGAUGAUCGUGAUCAACAUCCUCGUCAUGACGAUAUUAUGA